AUGCCCAUCCACCCCCCCACAGCUACCCCCACCUUCAACACCGACCUCCUCAACCGCCACCUCAUCUACAACUACUCUGCCCAUGACAAGGCCGGAAACCCCGAGACCUGGCGCUACGAGAUGUGGUUCUACAACGAAGACCGGAUCGUCUACGCCAUCCACGGGGGACCCAUGGCCGGGAGGAAGAAUUUUCAAACGGCGACUUAUCAAUGUAUCAGACCGGGAGAGCUGUGGCAGUGUAAUUGGCUUGAGGAGACAGGGACGAUUUGUUCGUUGGUUUAUGAUAUUCCGAAUAGGAAGAUUACGACGUUGUUGGGGUUUUCGAGGGGGCAUUGGGUGAAGAAUGUCGAGGCGCGCGGGGAUAAAAGGAAUCGUGAGGAUAUGGAGCGCUGGAGAGAGUUGGCGAGGGUGGGGGAGAGUCAGGCGGAUAGGGUGUUGUUGAGUGAGCAAGCGGAUGUGGUGGAGGUGUUUUGGGGGAAGGGGGAGUUGGAGGGGAUUGAGAUGGGGUGGGAGACGUUGUGA